AUGAAAGUGAAAGAUGGAGUCACAAUGGUGGAGAUGCAAGGGCUCGCAGCUCAUUUGAGUUAUGAAAAUCGUGCCAAAGUUAUGGGAAUUUUUGUUCUUUCUACAUGUCUCAUAAACGUCGUGCUGCCAGUUCAAGUGUACUUUCGUUUCUACACAUUGAAAACGUAAGAUUAACGAAACAAGUCAACAUUUUGGGCCUAAUUUUUAGAUUCCAAUUUUUGACCACUCGGAUGUCGUUGCUCUUAUUCAUAAUUGCCAUACUAUCUUGUUGUCCGGCCGGUUUAUCGUGCUGGCAAACAUACCAAUGGUCGGCUUCGGAACGAGCCGGCUUUAACUUCGCGACAUUGUGGUAUGAUGAAGUGCCGGUUCCGAAUCUUCUCGUUGGUGACAUUGUGAGUUGUUUUCCAAGCCAAUAUUUUUCAUUAAACAGAUUUUAUGCUUGACUUAAAUUGGCUAUUCAGUGACGGACCUGAUCCAAUGGCAAAAAACACCCCAUUUUGCAUCGGGGAAGUAUCAAAAAUGUAGCAAAAUGCCUCCCUCUCCAACUUAAAAAAAUCCAUUUUGAAGGGCGUCGCACGUAAAACUGAGAUAAGCUAAAACAGUCCGGUGAAUGGAUUGGCAAUCUGCCAAAAAAAGACGCUAAAAAACUUUUUGUCGAGGGAGAAAUGGGGAAUUUUCAGGGCGAGAGAGUACGUUUUUGCGCGUCUUUUCUCUGACUUCUCUGUGAAAUCAAGAGGAAAUGUAAAAAACCAAUAGCGAAGGGUCUAUUCCGAUCACCGGACUCCUCAGUUUCUAGUUCGUGCGUCGUACCCUUUUCCUCACAAAAAGCGCGAGCGGCUUUUGGAAGUUUUUCACUUGUAGAAGGAGGUAUUUUGCCACAUUUUUUGAUACUUCUCGGAUGCAAAGUGGUACGUUUCUUGCCACUAGACCAGGUCCGCCACGGCAACUUUAUUUUUCUGGCCAAAUUUGAAGAUUCUUUUUCCUCGUUUUCUUCAGAACCUCCCGUCUUGUUCAGUACCAAACACGUGGUACGAAAGCGCACGUUGCAUUUUUGCCCACCAGACGUUUUUCCGAAACAAUUUUCCUGUCUAAAAUCUUGUCAUCACUCGAUAGUAUGCGUACGAAACGUGUCAGAAAAUUCACCGAGUUGACGUGUUUUCUAACUGCACUUUUGACAGAGCUUUAUACAAAGUAAGUUUUAGCGCUCAAUUCACCACAAGCUGUACUUCCUGCUCGGUGCGUCAGCAGUGGUCACUGGCUAUUGUCUUGUUUUGUACUACGCAUAUCAAACUCAUCGAAUAUUAAAAGCAAAAGCCGCUGGACUCUCCGAAAAAACAAAACGACUACAAAUGCAGUUGUCUCGUUUCCUAACUACUCAGGUAUUGUAUGACCUUCAAAACAAACAACAUUUUUGUAGGUAUUGACCCAUUUGGUGGUCUACGAAGUCCCUGUUUUCUGGAUGAUCGUGUCGGUGAUGUUCCGCUGUGACACCGGACAUCACGGCUAUCUCAUGAACAUCGCUUUGAGCUCUCUUCCAAUCAUAAAUCCACUAAUGACGUUGAUCAUUAUUGGCCCGUAUCGCAGGAGUAUUAUUGGCGCGUUUUGUUGCAAUAAGAAGCGAAUCUUUUCGCAGGCCAGCUUCCAACAAAGUCAACGACUCUCCACGCUCAAUCAACAAAUUACAUAG